CAGCCUCCCCCGCGCGCAUGCGCCGCGCGCCCUCUCGCGCUCCUCAGCCUAGGUCCUGAGCAGUCGGCAGUCAGUGGCUCGGUCGGUCCGUCGCCUUCGUCCGCUGUCACCAUGCUGGCCGCCGUUCUCCGCCGCUGUUCCGCUUCUGUGCGGGUCCUGCUGCCGAAGCCGGGAGCUGCAGCCCCUUCUUCCCUGUCGUCCUCUUCUCCCGCCGCUGCCGCUAUCCAUUCAGUUCGCUGCUAUUCCCAUGGGUCUCAUGAGACAGAUGAAGAGUUUGAUGCUCGCUGGGUGACAUACUUCAACAAACCAGAUCUUGAUGCCUGGGAAUUACGAAAAGGAAUGAAUACAUUGGUUGGUUAUGACCUGGUUCCAGAACCCAAAAUCAUUGAUGCUGCUUUGAGGGCAUGCAGACGGUUAGAUGAUUUUGCUAGUGCAGUUCGCAUUCUAGAGGCUGUAAAGGACAAAGCAGGACCUCAUAAGGAAAUCUACCCAUAUAUUAUCCAGGAACUUAGACCAACUUUAGAUGAAUUGGGAAUCUCUACUCCAGAGGAAUUGGGCCUAGACAAAGCAUAAACUCUUAUGGAUGAGCUUCCUAAGGAUUGAUUGGUAAUGCUACUUGAUUAUACACACACAUUUACCUGGAGAUGCUGAUGAUAAAAUAUUUGAACAUGUUUUUCUUUAUUGAGUCCCAGUCUGUAUAAUAUUUACUUGGACCUUAAUAAAAGGGAAACAGUUUGAACUUAA